AUGCUUGUCAAGGCCUUUGCUGAUGAUUUCGACCUCAAAUUCAGACCUCACCAGGUCGAAGGUCCUGCUUCUCCCAGAGACUAUUUGGAUUGGAAUGCUCGUUUGAGAAAGCAUCGUCUUGAACAGCAAAACAAAAAAGAAACACACAUUACCUCUGGCCAUCAAGUCCCUGAACUCGGAUGGGUGCAAAGCAGCUAUGUCCAGCCACAUGUCAUGGCGAAUGAUUUGUUCUUGUUUGAUCCCAAAACCAACAAAUACACUGUGGAUAAAUAUGUGCAAGAUGUAACCGAGCGUUUUGGUACCAUUGAUUCUGUCGUCAUUUGGCCCAGUUUCCCUAAUCUUGGUUGCGAUAGUCGUAACUCUGAAGAUUACUACAGAUGCCUCCCUGGUGGCACGCUUGGUAUUCGUUCUUUGGUAGAAGAAUUUCAUGCCAGAAAAAUUAAGGUUUUGUUUCCUGUCAUCGGGUGGGACAACGGAACACGUGAUCCCAGAGCUGCUUGGAGCUACAUCUUGCCUAGAUUAUUCAAGGAAUACACUAUUGAUGGCAUGUCUGCUGAAGUUGCUUAUUUCAGUGAAGAUUACUGGAUGAAUUCUCUCGCUAUCGGACAUCCUUUGGCUUUCCAAUCUCAAGCUAGCAGCGAGAACAAGCUCGGAGAUGGUCCCGAAUUAGAUGAUACCUCUAUCAUGCAAUGGAAUACUAUGGAUAUGGCCAAAUUUGACACCAAUACUCGUGUUCCCACUGUUGCAUUGAGAAAGUUCAUUGAACCUCAACAUAUGACUCGCAGCUGUGAUAAAUGGUCCAGAAACAAGACUGCCAUGAUCCAACACGCCUUCUUCAAUGGCUUGGGCAUUGAAAUGUGGGAAAACAUCUUUGGUACUUGGAACCAGCUCACGCCUCGCGAUGCCGAGGCUUUGCGCAGAACCACCAGCAUUCUUCGAUGCUUUGGUCCCGACUUUUUCGCCUCUGCUGAAUGGGAGCCUCAUUGUCCAUGUGUUCGCUGGGAAACCGUGUUCUCUAGUAAGUUCCCUAGUCGCAAAAUUGAAGACCAAGUUAUCUGGACCUUUGUCAACCGUGGUCCUGCUCAUGUCACUGGCCAUCAAAUUGUUGCCAACUAUCACAUUGGUAUCCAAUUUUACGAUGUCUGGCACGGAACUGAAAUUCAGCCCACUGAUAUCUGUGAUGGUCUUGCCACACUAAGCUUUGAUAUUGAACCCUAUGGCUACGGUUGUAUUUUUGCUACCAACGAUGUAUCUCCUUUGCCCAAUAACUUCGAGUCUCUCAUCAAGACAUUGCAUCAUCGCUCCAGAACACCCUUAUACCAAAUCCCUAUCUGUAGUGCUGUCUUGUGGCAAGAAUUAGACGAAGUGGUUGUCAGCAAAUAUACCAAUGAAAACGUGUGUGGUAUGGUCCGCAUCGAAGGUGGAUCCUAUGACUUUAAGGUCAAGGGUCUCAGUGCUCACCCUCAUAGCAAAGCUGAUUAUCCUGGCAUCGAUGUCAAGUAUCCUUGGGAGUUCCAACCCUCAAGACACCACAGUACAAAGCAUAUGCACAUCAAGACCUUUUACAUGGACGCUUAUCCUGUGACAGAAAGCCAAUUCAAAAAAUUCUUGGACGAAAGUGGCUACAAGCCUGCUGAUCCUACCAACUUCUUGAAGCACUGGUGUGGUGGUUGCUAUCCUGCUUAUCGUGCCAACAAGCCUGUCACUCAUGUCUCUGUUGAAGAUGCAAGAGCUUAUGCCAAAUGGGCUGGCAAGCGUCUCCCUCAUGAAUGGGAAUGGCAAUAUGUUGCUCAAGGUGGCCAUGAAUAUCGCACUUAUCCUUGGGGUAAUGAGUGGGAUGAAUCCAAGGUACCUGAGGUCUACAGUGGUCGUGAAAGAUUGUACCCUGAUCACCCUCCUGCUGAUGUCGAUGCCUUCCCUGCUGGUCGCUCUUGUAUGGGUGUCUAUGAUCUCGUUGGCAAUGUAUGGCAAUGGACUGAUGUAUACCGUGAUGAUCAUACCAGAGCAGCUAUUAUCCGUGGUGGUUCUUACUAUCAAGCAAAGGAUGGCCAACAUUACUUCCCUCAAGCCUACCGUAAUGAUCAACACGGCAAAUACCUGCUGAUGUCUCCCUCUAUCGAUAGAUGUGCUACUAUUGGUUUCCGUUGUGUCAAGGAUACCGAAGAAAGUGCUUCAUAUCUUGGUAACUGCUCUUUUGAGGCUGAUGAUUGCUUUUAA